AUGCGUUUCUCCGUUCUCCUUUCGAGCAUAGCUGCUCUUAGCACUGUUGCUGCCGCAGAGCGUAUCUGUGGAGCUAUCCCCCACCGAACCUUUGCAAAGGAGUCGAAGGAAGCUCUUGCUGUUGCCUCAGCUUCAGGUCACCAUGUCAAGGCCAACAUCUCCGUCGAGACCUAUUUCCAUGUCAUCACCGAUGGCUCAAAGGGUGAAAUUUCGGACGAGACUUUGGCUGAACAACUCGCUGUCAUGAACGACAACUAUGGACCUGCUGGCAUCAGCUUCAAGCUCAUGGACACCAGCCGAACCGACAACUCCAACUGGGCCGCUGGCGGUGACGAGACCGGCAUGAAGCGAGCUCUUCGAAAGGGAACUUACUCCUCCCUCAACGUCUACUUUGCCCCCAACCUUGAGGGCGGCCUCCUUGGUUUCUGCUACUUCCCCAAGGCUAGCCCCAGCGAGAACGACAAGCUUGUCGAUGGAUGUGUUAUCCUUUCUGGCUCCGUCCCCGGCGGCGAGACGGCCCCAUUCAACGAGGGAAAGACCACCACCCACGAAGUCGGACACUUUAUGGGUCUCUACCACGUCUUCAACGAGGAGCAAGGAAACUGCCAAAAGGACGGUGAUAUGGUUGCGGACACCCCAGUCCAGGGUGAGAAGACCAGCGGCUGCCCACAGGGCAAGGACUCUUGCCCACAAGAGGGUGUCGACUCUAUCCACAACUACAUGGACUACAGUGACGACCCAUGCAUGAACGAAUUCACCCCCAUGCAACAAGCUAGAAUGCAGAUGAUGUGGCAGCAAUUCCGUGCUGGCAACUAA